UUCAUCAUGUCCGUCUCCCCCAACUUUUAUCUCAAUUGCUUGUUGUUCGGCCGAGGCCGUGAUGGUAUUGUACAGGUCCACAUUAAAAGAACGAGCACUGUCAUUCUUCUCAAACAAAUAAUCCAGACGAUGUAUCCUGCAAUCCGCGAUGCAGACCCCGCCGACCUACAACUCUGGAAAGUUUCCCUGCCUUUUAACGACACAUUUGAGCACAAUAUUAGACAUCUCGCACUUGACUCCGUACCACCUCUAACAGUUUGGGAUAAAUUGUGCAAGAUUUUCAUUGAUCUUCGCGAGGAAGAUCACCUACAUAUUGUUAUCAAA